GCGUUUUUUCAGUUAUUUGAUUAGUCAACUGCAGCUUUACUUGCGGUUCACUCUCAUCCAAUCCCUCAAAAUUGAAGUCCAUUUCGACAUUAGAAAAUGGGAGCGUCUCAAACAGGCUUACUAGGACUGUUUAUUUGCGGAUACUUCAGCAUUGGCCAAGCAUUCGUGGAAUCCAGCGCUAAAUCUUGGGGACCAAGUAGUUCUCCAUUAGGAAACUACUCACAAGCUGGCAUUGCAGUGGAUGGAGAGCCUUGCUCAAAAAUUGGAAUGGACGUCAUUCGAGAGGGUGGUAAAGCCGUGGAUGCGGCCAUAGCGGCCUUAUUUUGUAACGGACUGGCCUCCCCACAGAGCAUGGGAAUUGGGGGUGGUUUCUUGAUGACCAUUUUCGACGCGGAAACUGAAAGAACUAUCGUCAUGAACGCCAGAGAACAAGCACCUCAUUAUGUUAAUUCCGACAUGUUUGCGGAUAACGAGAUUGGCUCUCAAUUGGGGCCCUUGGCCUCCGCGAUUCCUGGCGAGAUUUUAGGCUAUUACGAGGUCAAAGAACGAUUCGGCAAUCCGGACAUUUCGUGGGCCAGAUUGAUCCAGCCAACCAUCGAUCUUUGCCGUAGCGGGAUCGUCGUUAGUCACAGCUUAGCCUUGGCUUUGAGAGACAAAUCGGACAACAUCAAAGAUGAUCCUGGUCUAGCGGACACUUUCCUCGAUCCCAAAACCGGCGAAGUCUACAAAGAAGGCGAUGUUUAUUACCGACCAAAUCUAGCCAAUACAUUGGAAAGGAUUGCCGCCAAUGGAGCAGCCGAAUUCUACUCCGGACAGACGGGUAAAAACCUCAUUAAAGACCUGGAAAAUAUUGGCGGAUUGAUGAAUUUGCAAGACCUGGCCGGAUAUUCGACCGCAUGGCAAGAGCCUUUGGUUGGUGAUUUGGGAAAUGGCAUGAAAAUCAACUCUGUUCCUCUUCCGGGUAGUGGGGCUAUCCUGAUCUACAUCCUCAACAUCCUGAAAAACUAUCAAUUGAAGUCCAUAGAGGAGACUCCUUUGAUGUUCCAUCGAAUGGCAGAGGCCUUUAAAUGGGCCUAUGCUCAACGGACCAAAUUAGGCGACCCGUUCGAUGAGUCCAUCACGAGCUUCAUUGACCAAUUGGUGACCAAUUUGACUUCGGUGGAAUGGGCGGAGAGUGCGUUCUCAAAGAUUGACGACGAAGCAACGGUGAAUGAUCCCGCUUUCUACGGCGCCGAUUCCUCAUUAACCGAGGAUCAUGGCACAGCUCAAGUGUCGGUUAUUGAUCCCAUGGGAAAUGCUGUCUCCGUCACUAGCACCAUAAAUCUAUUUUUUGGAUCCAAGUUUCUGUCACCAUCGACGGGAAUCAUCAUGAACAAUAUCAUGGACGAUUUUUCGUACCCAAACAUUACCAAUGGAUUCGACGUGCCUCCCAGUCCCAAUAAUUAUCCCGUGCCCGGAAAACGGCCUUUGAGCUCCAUGUGCCCUUCUAUAAUUAUGGACGAAAACAAUAGACCGAGAUUGGUUACGGGAGCGGCUGGUGGUCCCAAAAUAACUACAAGUGUCGCUUUGACGACAAUGAGACACCUUUGGCUUGAGGAGGAUGUUAAGACAGCCAUUGACAAUGCUCGGAUUCAUCAUCAACUCUUUCCCAUGACAUGUCGUUUCGAAGAUUCCCAACGAGAGGAUGUUAUAGAAUUUCUAGAAAGUCGAGAUCAUUUCAUGGAAGUGAUUUAUGCUGCCGGCAAUGUCCAUGCGGUUACCUCGGAAAACGGCCGUAUUUACGCCAACUCUGAUUUCCGCAAAUCAGGAAGUAUUGAUGGCUUCUAAGUAUCCGAAAGUCGCCAGUCUUUAUGCGUACUUUAUUUGCGGUAAAGUUAAUCAUCACGAUCUAGUGUGAAAAAAUAAAAGAUCCAUGAUUGAUAAACGAUCGAAAAUAAACCACCUUGUUCG